AUGGGCAACAUCUGCGGCAAACAAGAGGCCGACCCCUUCGCCCAGCCGGGCCGCCGACUGGGCGAAGCGCCGCCCCCGGCCGCGACGAGGUCCUCCGUCCCCGCCUCCGCCACCUCCAGAAAGACCGUCGUCGGCGGUCCACCGCGCACCCUCGGGGGCAGUGGCGGGGGCGCGGGAACCUCCGCCGCCGCGGAGGGCGCCCGCGCAAAGGCCGCGGCCGCUGCUGAGGCUCGCGCGCAGGGGUCAGGAAAGGGCGGCAAGCUCCACACCCAGCUGCAGGCGCAGAAGAAGCAGACCAUGGCGGCGACGCUCAAGGAGGCCGGAGAGGCGGAGCGGAGGAGGCGGGAUGUCGACGCCAGCGUCGAGGCCAUGGCCCACAACUAG